CUCUGCAUGACGCUCAGUCUCUUGGCUUGUCUCAGCACCCUCGUUCGAUCCCACUCAACAAGCUCAUGCAACGCCGGCUGUCUAGCGUUCCUGAGGAAGACUAUGCUUCCGGUGUGGAGAACGCGCGCACACCGGCCGCUCACGCCCACGGACAUGCUCGAGGAGCGGGCGAUAAAUCGUCUGGUCACGGUCUGCAUUUGUACCUAUCGCCUUCUAGCCGGUCAAACGUCAACGCCGCAUCUCUGGACGUGCUGGGCGACGCUCUCGGAACGCACUACGGCAUGGAUGACGCGCGAGUCAAGUUCCCUAGCGCCUCUGGGAGGACGUCCGGACCGGCGGGACGCGGCGAAGCACAGGCCGUCAAAGAAGUCCAUCGUCGCCAAGGUAGCAGCAACGCUAACAAAGAUGGUGGCCAGCGCGGUGACAGCGGUCGAGGUCGCGGACAAAAGCGCGGCGGUCGGGGCAGGAGAGGGCGCGGCGGGGGUUUCCACGCCGGCAACAUGACGCACGGCGCGGAACGGGUGGACGGAGGUAUGAUGGUGAAGUCGUGAAAGCGAUUAUAGCGCAGUCAGCAGCACAGCAGCGCUGUCGGGCGUCGAGGUGUUCUCGCAGAAUCGGACUGUGGUUUCUCCGGCUUUGGAUGUUGUGUGAGUUUUGUACGCGUGUAUUCUUUCUGCGCUGUAAUUGGGUUGUGCCAUGGCGAACGCAGGCGCAGACUCUGUAGAGAUUCUGAAGAAGCAGGGUGGGCGCGUGGCCAUGGGUUCGUGUAUCGAUAGAGGAUGUACAUGGUGCCGCGAUUAGAAUCCGCGUUUUCACG